UCGUAUAUCAAAUAUUGUAAUGUUAUUUUAGACUUGUUUUAAUCAUGAAGUUGUUGAAAAUUCAUAUGCGGUAUCAUCCGCCUGGUCUUAUUUUGGAGUACUCUCAAAAAGGCACUGUGAAGAGUAGAGAAAUCGACCUUCUGGACUUGAAUAGCAAAAGCGACAUCCCCACCCUAGCCAACGAACUGUACGCCCGAGAGGUUCUCCUCACAGAAGAUGUUAAGGACCAGUUGGAGCAAUGCCUGACCACGCUGAAGAAACGAGUGGAACAUGAAGGCCCGGCGGGGAAGAGGUUCUACAUAUACAAGACGUUGAUGACGCACGUUCUCCCGCUGACCAACGUGGCUUUUGACAAGACUGGAGAACGAUGUUUGUCUGGUAGCUACGAUCGCACAUGUAAGGUGUGGGACGUGGAGGCAGGCAGCGAGCUGGCAACAUUGACUGGCCAUCAGAACGUCGUUUAUUCUGUCGCGUUCAAUUUCCCGGCUUGUGACCGCGUCAUAACGGGGUCCUUCGACAAAUCGGCCAGAAUCUGGGACCCUGCCACAGGGGCGUGUCUGACCACGCUCUGGGGCCACAACGGGGAGGUGGUGGCCGCACAAUUUAACCCUAAAGGGGACCACGCGGCCACAGGGUCCAUGGACCAUACUGCCAAACUCUACGACGUUAGAACAGGGGAUGAGCUCCAGACUUAUACCGGACACACGGCAGAGGUCAUCGCGUUACAAUUUGACCCUAACGAGGGUCGGAGACUCAUCACAGGGUCUUUUGAUGGAACCAUUUCCAUGUGGGACACGAGGAUGAAGGACCGAGUAUCGGUCCUUUCCGGGCACGAAGGCGAAAUAUCCAACGUUCAGUUCAACUGGGACAGCUCCCUAGUGGGAUCUUCAUCCCUGGACGGCAGCGCAAGGCUUUGGGACGCUCGACAGAGUUCCUGUCUUGCUACUAUCUCCACACACAGUGACGAGGUCUUGGACAUCUGCUUCGACUGGGCUGGACAGCGAAUGGCUACAUCUUCCAGUGACUGCUCAGCGAGGAUUUACGACGUCAAGGGCGAUUUUAAGGAACUGGCCAUCAUGAAGGGUCAUCGUGAUGAGGUGUCAAAGGUAUGCUUCAGCCCCGCCGGAGGUUGCCUCCUGACCGCAUCAGCUGACCGCAGCGCUCGCAUCUGGAACUCUUCCACUGGCAACUGCACACAGGUGCUGUCCGGUCAUGAAGGCGAGAUUUUCUCCUGCGCCUAUUCAUACGCCGGUGACGCCAUCAUCACAGCGUCCAAAGACAACACAUGCCGUAUAUGGAGAUGAUUGGAUUGGUGGCUGUCCAACCAGUAACCAAUACUGGACAUGCCAGUACAUCGCCUAACUUGGACAAUUUUUACAAAAAUUAUGUACCUUCGCCGUUUACGUUGAGCGCUGCGUCAAGCGUAAAACUCAAUCAUUGAACAAUCAAGGGCUAGAUUUUAUCUUGUGCAUAUUAUAACGCCGAAGAUGCCAGCAUCAUAGCAUAAAAAAAGACAACACCUGCCGUAUAUGGAUAUGAUUGGAUUGGUGGCUGCCAGUAACCCAAACUGGACAUGCCAGCCCAUCGCCUAACUUGGACAAUUUUUACUAGAAUAAUACCUUCGCCAUUUACGCUGCGCGCUGCGUCAAGCGUAAAAUUAAAUAUUUGACCAGGCACGGUUCGUGCUUAUAAUUGGUAUCUGUGUAGUCAAUAUAGGCAGAUCAUGCAACAUCAGCAUCACUAAGUAACAUAAAACAACAUCGGACUUGACGUACGGCCGGUUUCCAGCCUCACUUGGUUUGGUGGAAAUUUCACCAAUACGCACGGAGUGAUUUCAUGAUUUGCUUCUCCUUUUCAUACACCUACCUAACCUACGCAUUUCCAAGGAGUUAAAUUCCUUACCAGCGACACCAGCGUCUAUAUUUUCCAAAAAAAAAACCGGCCAAGAGCGUGUCGGGCCCACGCUCAGUGUAGGGUUCCGUAGUUUUCCGUAUUUUUCUCAAAAACUACUGAACCUAUC